GUAAAUGAGAAAGCUAAACUCCAGCGUGAUCAGUUACUUCUUCUAUUAAAAAAAUAUGUUUAUUCCUUUACUGUGCAGGACUGCUUAGACAGGCUUGCUGAGCUCGAAGCUAUGGCUUCUAAAGAUGUUAUUUCUUAUUACGUGCAGAACUGGCACUCCUGUAAAGAAAUGUGGGUACAUGCAUAUCGGCAAAAACUUCCUACUUUUGGUAAUAACACGAAUAAUCGCAUUGAGUGUCACAAUAAAAAGAUUAAAAGUUCUCACUUCAAGCAUGCAUUUGGUUCAAGCAAUAGAGGCACUAAAAUUUUCUAAGUUUAAGGAAAUGAAGCUGAACCUAAAUGUAAGUGAUGCCAGUGAGCCAUUUCAGCUAGCCUUGUCCCGUAAUUGUACUUCUGAGGCCACAAGUAAAGUACUUGAGCAGCAUGAACGGCUUAAAGAAGUAGGUUAUCUGGUCACUUCCACUGCUAAUUUUUAUGUAGUGGCUUCAGCAAGUUCUGAGCACAGUGUUUCAUUAUGCCUGACGCGUUGCAUGUGUGCUUUUUAUAAUCGGUACAGUUUGCCUUGUGCGCACAUUUUAGCAGCUCGCCAUUUUGCCCAGCAAGACCUUUUUGACAAAGCAUGCAUACUGGACAGGUGGUGCAAAGAUCAUUUCCUGAGCGAUACCUGCAUGGCCUCUAGUGCCACACCAGUAGUGACAAGCAGCAUUCAGCUGCCGCCAUCUGUGAAGCUGGACACUGCACAAGAAAAGUAUUCUAACACCUACAAGACACUUUGUGAAAUGCCCAAGACUGUUGCUGAUGUAUUAGCUAAUUGUGGUGAGAAGGAGCUAAUGGAAAACUCUGCAUCAUGCAAGGCAUUCUUCAGGAACUUAACCACCUUUCCUAGUAAUCAAAUUACAGUUAGCUUACAAGGUACACCUGCUCCAUUACCCCAAAUGACUGCUACAAGCAGUUGCAGGCAUGCAAAUAGUACAAAGCUUGUACCUUUGGUGAAAGCAAGAACAGGACGGCCAAAGAAAGCCAAAGCUGUUAAGCGCAAGUUUUUGUCAUCGCAAAAGAAUAUAGUAGGCCUUGCAAUGGUAACAGCAGAAAUGUUAAACGUCUGCAAAUGCUACUUUCUUUCAGAUGCCGAUUUAAAUGCUUUAGUAGAGGGCACCUCAAUAUAGGACAGCGUAAUUAAUGUAGCACAAUACUUCAUGAAAAAUUUCCUCAUUGGGAUGGCUUUCAAGAUGUGCUUCUUGGCCAGAGUUUACUGUAUACUCAAGUAAAAAGCUCUUUCAUUCAACUCUUGCAUGUCCAAAACCCCGAUCACUGGCUUACAGUAAGCAAUGUUGACGCAGAUGAAAACACAGUCUUUGUAUAUGACUCAAUUGAGCAAGAUACUCCUUCUGAUGCCAUCGGACAAAUCUGUCAUAUGCUAAAAUUAGUCGCCAACGCUGACCAUUCGCACUAAAGGGGCACAAAAUUAGUGCAACACGCUUGACUGUGGCUUGUUUGCAAUUGCGAAUAUGUAUUAUGUAGCAUCAGAUAGGAGUGUAGAAAAUUUAAACCUUAAUCAGAGUAUGCUGCGCAGACAUUUGCUGAAAUGCAUACAAAAAGGCAACGUGGAAGAUUUUCCACUCACAAGCUCUCUCACUGUUCGUGUGCAGCCAAAAGAUUGCAUUUACGAGUUGCAUUGUGUGUGCAGGCAACUGCUAUAUGAUGGAGUAGUACUGGACAUUUCUAGUGGAUAUUGUUCAAGAGGAUUUCACAGAGCAUUCCUUGGCCCUUUAGCAGAUAAAUUGGAUAACAAAGUAAUUGUGUGCUCUAAGUCAUUUUUGGCUACUGCCAAGGAAAAUAUCCCUACUCAAAGUACAUAGCAUUCUUCUCUUUGUACAGUUAUACAGUGAAACCUGAGUACAGCAAACCAGACCAGCAUAAACUGAAUUAUCCUCUAUAUUGCACACACAAAACUUGCUGACUGAUACACAUGUCAAACACUUGCUCAGCUUUUUUUUUUUUUUUUUUUUUUUUUUUUUUUUUUUCGAGCCUAAAUGCGAGAAUACUCGGAAGCAUGCCAGCAGUGUACAACAAGCAAGAUCCAAUCGAGUCACCAUUUUUAGCGACUGGCAAGCUGUUCAAGGCACAAGUAAAAAUUGCUGUCUACUAUGCAUAGUUUUGUUUACAAAAAAGCAGGUGCCUUUGGCUUAAUUUUUCCACUGAAGACAAAAACUGUGUGGAACAAACACAAUACAAAAGUUUCAUUUUGUUCAUAAUGAAACUUUUGCGCACACAACACGAAACCACAACGAAGAAGUACACAAGGACUAGCGCAGAGAUGAGGGUACAUAGAGAAAGAGCCCGAAAAACUAGAAAUGAACUGCAUUAAAACGGAUAGGCGGGCUAGUUGGUUUGGCAUCAUAAUGAAACUUUUGCGCACACAACACGAAACCACAACGAAGAAGUACACAAGGACUAGCGCAGUGAUGAGGGUACAUAGAGAAAGAGCCCGAAAAACUAGAAAUGAACUGCAUUAAAACGGAUAGGCGGGCUAGUUGGUUUGGCAUCAUAAUGAAACUUUUGCGCACACAACACGAAACCACAACGAAGAAGUACACAAGUACUGCGCUACACAAGGAUGCGCUACACAAGGACUAGCGCAGUACACAAGUACUGCGCUAGUCCUUGUGUACUUCUUCGUUGUGGUUUCGUGUUGUGUGCGCAAAAGUUUCAUUAUGAUGCCAAACCAACUAGCCCGCCUAUCCGUUUUAAUGCAGUUCAUUUUGUUAUAGUUGAGUUUGGAUUUAAUGAGUUACCUAAUAUAGUGAACUAUUUUUAGUGCAUAGGCCUGCUUGUUCUAAUCAGGUUUCAGUGUAUCCACAAGCUACCAGUAAACACUGACACAACCCGGUGAUGUGAAACUUUUUUUUUAUUGUUCUAGUCAGUUUUCAGUUCUAGUCAACUCUACUGGCAAAGAAGGGCAACAUUUCAUCGUGAAGGUAGCAGAACUAGUUCUAGUCAACUCGUUUCUGGCCAAGAAUUGCCACAUUCAUCAUGAAGGAAGCAGAGUAGGGCAUCAUUUCAUCGAGAAGGCAGAACUAGUUCUAGUCAACUCUACCCAAACUAACCUAACCCCGGUGGCAAUUUACAAUUUAUUUUUACACUUCAAUGCUGUUAAGAGGUUUAUUUGUUCAUUAGCAAUGCACUAACAUAGUUCCAUUGGUAGUUGUUAAACUACUUUAUGGUUGCCUGUGGCAUCGGGAUUGUUAAGGCUCAACUAUAUAGUUCCCAACAUAUUUUUGGUCGGUUAUUUGAUUUGGCAUGGGCAGACUUCAGCAUCUAAAGAGCGUCACCUCCAGCAUUGCAUUUUUCUUGACACCGCCAGCUGGCGCCGACAAUCCCUCGGGAACUUGUUUCUUGUGGGCUUUAAUGUGGGCAGGUUCACUUUGUAUUAUUCAAUUUGCAAACCUGAUCAUUCUGUUUUUAAGUAGUGCAAGUAUUUUGGAUAUUCAAGUAUGUUACAAAAUUUGCUUUCCAUCGGUCUGGUACAGCUUUAGCAACCAAAAUCUGUACUUACAUUGCCCACAUUACUUUCCUGUUGCUGCAAAUCUCUCGGUGGAGCCUGACCGCUCCAGAGCGCAUUCUCGGGUGGCGGAUAGAGAAAAGUCUUGUCAUGAAGCUGUACUAAGCAGCUUUGUACAAGACGGGCACUUGUGUCCGCGGACCAACAGGCUAGGAAAAUGCUACACAGCAGCACUCAGGUUGUCACAGUGACAUGUUCAUAUUUGAGUGCAAGUUGCAGAUUCUUUUUAAUCCUUUGUACUUCACUAUUGCUUCUUUUUUUUCUCUUUUGUACAGGUCCACUAGAUGUACCAGCUGCGUGCAUUCACUACCAUCAAGUCAUCAGGAGUGUGGGUACCUCUAUGUAAAUUGUACACUAUUGUCUAAGAUGGAAAAUCAGACUUGUAUAGUUUGCUGUAAUGGUUCUGCCAAUAAAAGUUUGGUUAU